ACAUGGAUUAGGUGCCUACACAGAAAAGCCAUCUCUCUAAUUGCUUUUAUUUCCUUUUUUUUAGUCCACUAUGGCAUCAAGAAUUCUAGCUUGCCUCGUAAUUGCUGUUGCUAUUGCCACCGUGGAUUGUAACCUGGAAGGGGAUGUUCUAAAUUCUUGGAAAACCCAGCUGUUUGAUCCAAACAAUGUACUGCAGAGCUGGGAUCCAACGCUAGCCAACCCAUGUGCAUGGUUUCAUGUCACCUGUAACUCAAAUAACAGCGUAACGAGGGUAGACCUUGGUAAUGCUGGACUAUCAGGACCUCUUAUCCCCGAGCUCGGACUUUUGGCUAAUCUUCAAUAUUUGGAGGUAUUUAGAAAUAAUAUCAGUGGACCUAUUCCUACAGAAUUGGGUAAUCUGACAAAACUAGUCAGCUUGGAUUUAUACCUUAAUAAACUGUCUGGCCCAAUUCCGGCUUCUCUGGGAAACUUGGGAUCUUUGUUGUUUAUGAGGCUGCACGGUAACAAGCUAACCGGAACAAUACCAACAUCAGUUAUUAACCUCAUAACUAUAGGAAGAUUGAGGAUCCUGAAUGUUUCAUCCAAUUUAUUGUCAGGGACUGUUCAUCGCAAUAAUUCAACGGGAUUGAGAAUUACGACAGUCAUACAAGAUCCAAAGGCUCCUGCAAUGUAAAUGUACUGAAGAUGGGAAAUGCAGUAGCUAUUCCCACCUGAUGCUAUAAACUAAAAGUCGGAAUUUCUCCGACCUCCUUUCUUUUAUAAUAAAGCUACAUGCUUGCUUUCUGGGUAGCGUUUGUAUUAUCAUUCAAUACAUAAAAUUAUAUUUCAUGA